AUGUCCUUCCUACGCUUGCCUCGCGAGCUCCGCGACAUGAUGUACGAGCAGUAUUAUGCUGUCGAAAACGGCUACAUCUAUGAUGCUGAGCACAACAAACUCACGCAGGCUGAUGACGGCUCGCCUAUAUCGCUGUCGCUCUCUCUUACCUGUCGACAGGUCGCGUCCGAAGUUCAAGGUCUCGCCUUCCGCCUGAACACGAUUACAUUCACAACAUCCUGCUCGCGACGCACACAGAAAGCGGCGGCUAUAUUCCAUGCUACAGUGGGUGGUAUCACGCGCCGAAAGCAGGUCAUGAUCCGCUCGCUUGUAUCUCAGCUGCUCACCCGCGACAUGGUGGAACUAGCUGCCAAAGCGUAUCCGCAAUUUGCACCGGUAUUCAACGGUUGGGUGCCACAAACCGACAUCCCUAUCCUUUACAAGAAGGACUUCUACUGUGGAGAGGCCCCGUCUGUCUGGGUAGAAUUCACACACCACGUUUUAGAUCUGAUGUCAAAGCAUCCUCUAUUCGUCUCAAAAGCUUCCGCUAUACCCCGAAUUUGGGGUCCAGAUGGCAACUGCCGCGCCACUCAGUUGAAUGAUGCGUCACCAAAACCCUGGUUGAUUCCUGAUCCCACCGAGCUGGAGCGACUGGCAAGCAUCUUCAACGUCAAAGCCACGCUACCGCAUUACAAACCCGGCACGAAGUACACGUACUCUGCAGCUUCCACCGCGAUUUACUUUCUUCGCAUGCUGCCUAACACGUUGCGUAGUGAGAUACAGAACAUCACUCUUCUUGAAGAUCGCGAAUCCGUGGCGUACGCAAAGUGUCACGGGAGAGGGUUCAUCGAGUUCUGCCAGUCCAAUCCAAAGCUUCGCGUCAAGUGCGUUGUAAGUCUUUGGCAGAAUGCGCUCCCAGUCUCGCCUGAGAUGAGAACCAAGUACAUGCUGGCAAGCCAAUAUCCCGACCUCGAUUACGAUCUCUCGAGAGACCGUUUGCUGCCCAAAUUCAUAUCGAAGGCCCUUGGAUCAUGGAUGGCGGAGAUGAUGGCUUUGCCCUCACUUGGUAUGCCGGACGGAUCAUAUCGCCUCGUUUUGGAUGGUGAGCCUACCGGCGACCAUACUUCCGACGUGUUCAAGGCGGUGCAACGAGACAUCGCUUGGCAAUCUGCGCUUGACGAAGCUUACUCUCGUGGCUUGUUACCUACGCCUUCCUGGCUGGAGCGACGUCUUCGUGUUGGAUACUUAUACGAAGGACUUCCAGAUAUUGUUGGAACAAUGUCAGAUCCACAAUCACUCAUUACCUGCAACUUCGACCCCGGCUCGCCCCUUGUAGUCGCUGACAUGCUCAAAGAGCGUCGCACGUGGACGCCUCUAGAGUGGGCCGAGAAUUGGGAUACUCACGAGCCGGGCGAAUACCAGACCGAAGCACCGAUGGCACAAUGGCACACCCUACGAUAUCAACGCAUAUUUGGCUGA